UCACUAUUCUAGGUCCUCAGGAUAUAGCCGUGACCUAAACAGACAGAAAUCUACUCUGGUGGAGCUGAUCUAGUGGCCGUGAGGAGACAGACAGUAAAGAGCAAAGAAACCAAUAAGUAGAUGGUGUCAUUUCUGAGGAGGUGAUGAGUGCUGGGGGGAAAUCACUGGCAAGGUGAGGGAGCUCAGAAUGGUUGAGAUUUUCAGUACGAUUAUUCAUGGUGGCUUCAUGAAAACAUUUGAGCAAUGGUCUGAAGAGGGUGGGGAAUUAACUAUUUCACAGCUGGAGAAAGGGUGUUCCAGGUACCAGGAACAUCCAGUGCAAAGACCCCCUGAGGUGGGCCUCUACUGGGUGUAAUUGCAGAACAGCAACUAGGAAUGAUCAAGGGGAUGUUGACGCCUGAUAUAUAAUCAGGUGAAAUAGGCUAAGAAUGGUGGGCCACAUUGAGGACUGGGGCAUUGAUUUGGAGUGAGAUGGGAAAUGUGGGGUACAUUCUCAAUUUGAGGAGAAAUGUGACUUGGCUUAUAAAAAUACAGGGUCGGUCCUGUGGUUUCCAACUUGAUCAUACCUUUCCAGUGACCCUGAGGACAGCUGGUGUGCCCUGAGACACCCCCACAAUCCCACCCAGGAUCUCCUUCCCCCUACCUGGGUAGAGCAGUGGUAUGGUCCUCUAGUCUCCAUAACAAUGGUUGCUGUGGGGAGGCAGGAGGGUCCCUGUGGCCUCAGAGAGCACUCUGCCUUGGUAGUUGGGGGUAAGGUGGGGCUGGUAUCAGCAGAAGAUGCCAUUCUAUAGGCACAGCCAAGGCCGUAUCAAUGGUCUCACUAUUCUUGGCCAGCUCCUUGUUCCACCUAUGGCUGGGUCUGUCACUGAUGCUGCCCCUGAAGAUGCGUGCUGUGGAGUUCUCUGCUCCCACAGUGAGGCUACCACUGUAGAGACCAACAAUCCCCUGGUUGGGCCUUUGCCCUCAGUCAGCUACACAAGUCUGAGGAUCCAGGUCGCCAUGGAUCGGAUGAAGAAGAUCAAACGGCAGCUGUCAAUGACACUCCGAGGGGGACGAGGCCUAGACAAGACCAAUGGUGCCCCUGAGCAGAUAGGCCUGGAUGAGAGUGGCGGGGGUGGUGGCAGUGACCUUGGAGAGGCCCCCACAUGCAUACCUCCUGGUGAACCUCGCUGUGGACGGGGCCCACUCAGCUCUGCACCAGGCCCCAGGGGGAGGAAGGGUUCCUUGCCUGUUGCAGCUGCCCCAAGGCUCCCUCUGCCCUUCUCCUGCACUCCGCGGUGGCCCUCCCAGGCCUCCCGGCGCCAGCCCGCCCUGGGCCUGCCUUCCCAGGGCUCUUGGCUACCUCUGCCGUCACCUGCCUUCUGGCCCUGGGCCAGCCGCAGUCUCAGCUCACCCCUGGAACGGGGUGCUCCACCAGAGAUUGUACAUGAGGACUUGAAGAUGGGGUCUGAUGGGGAGAGUGACCAGGCUUCAGCCACAUCCUCAGAUGAGGUGCAAUCUCCAGUGAGAGUGCGCAUGCGCAACCACCCCCCACGCAAGAUCUCCACUGAGGACAUCAACAAGCGCCUGUCACUACCAGCCGACAUCCGGCUGCCCGAGGGCUACCUUGAGAAGCUGACCCUCAAUAGCCCCAUCUUUGACAAGCCCCUUAGCCGCCGCCUCCGCCGUGUCAGCCUGUCUGAGAUUGGCUUUGGGAAACUGGAGACAUACAUCAAGCUGGACAAGCUGGGUGAGGGUACCUAUGCCACCGUAUACAAAGGCAAAAGCAAGCUCACAGACAACCUUGUGGCACUCAAGGAGAUCAGACUGGAACAUGAAGAGGGGGCACCCUGCACGGCCAUACGGGAAGUAUCCCUGCUCAAGGACCUCAAACAUGCCAACAUCGUCACACUACAUGAUAUCAUCCACACAGAGAAGUCUCUCACCCUUGUCUUUGAGUACCUGGACAAGGACCUGAAGCAGUACCUGGAUGACUGUGGGAACAUCAUCAACAUACACAAUGUGAAACUGUUCCUGUUCCAGCUGCUCCGUGGUCUGGCCUACUGCCACCGGCAGAAGGUGCUACACCGAGACCUCAAGCCCCAGAACCUGCUCAUCAAUGAGAGGGGAGAACUCAAGCUGGCUGACUUUGGCCUGGCCCGGGCCAAGUCAAUCCCAACGAAGACCUACUCCAAUGAGGUAGUGACACUUUGGUACCGGCCCCCUGACAUCCUGCUUGGGUCCACGGACUACUCUACACAAAUUGACAUGUGGGGUGUAGGCUGCAUCUUCUAUGAGAUGGCCACAGGCCGGCCCCUCUUCCCAGGCUCCACGGUGGAGGAACAGCUGCACUUCAUCUUCCGCAUCUUAGGAACCCCAACUGAGGAGACAUGGCCAGGCAUCCUGUCUAACGAGGAGUUCAAGACAUACAACUACCCCAAGUACCGAGCCGAGGCCCUUCUGAGCCACGCACCCCGGUCCCCUUGUCCUUGCGGUAGACUUGAUAGCGACGGGGCUGACCUCCUCACCAAGCUGCUGCAGUUUGAGGGCCGAAAUCGGAUCUCUGCAGAGGAUGCCAUGAAACAUCCAUUCUUUCUCAGCCUGGGGGAGCGGAUCCACAAACUUCCUGACACUACUUCCAUAUUUGCACUAAAAGAGAUCCAGCUACAAAAAGAGGCCAGCCUUCGGUCCUCAUCAAUGCCUGACUCAGGCAGGCCAGCUUUCCAUGUGGUGGACACCGAGUUCUAAGCCACGUUCUAAGCCACAGACCGAGGCCCCAGCAGGCAGCAGCUGGAGGGAUGCCACUCCCCUCACAGGGCAGCCCCAACUGCAUUCUCCCUGCUUGCUGCUUGUUUACCUGCCUGAGCCACGCUCGCCUGCCCACUUGUUCCCUGGCAUCUGCCCAAACAUCCUACCAUUGGCCUGUCAACCCACCCAUUGGCCUGUCUGCUGGGUGCUAACAAAGCUCUCAUCACCCCUCUGCUUGGUCUGUCUCUCUCUGUCUCAGUAGUUGCCGGCGGACAGCAUGGCCGUGGCAGCCUCCCACACUGAGGCCAGGCCUACCCCUCCUCGUCAUACCCUCCCCCACGACCACUAUCCCUCGGCCAGCCAGGGGCUCUCGACUCAACACAAGAAGGUAGAGGUGCCUUGGGUCUUAGGCAUCCUCUGCCUGCUUUCCUGCCUGUCUCACCUGCCUCAUGUUGUGUGGGCCUUUUUUGUUUGUUUGUUUGUUUCAUUUGUUGUUUUUUUUUUAAUAUUUUAAAUGAGGUUUUCAUUCUUUUAAAUGCAAUAUCUCUGUAUACAGACUGGCUGGGCCCCACCUCCCUGUGUGUGGUCCUCCCACAGUAUUUUGUGCAAUGAAGCCCCACUCCCAGCCUUUCAGAGGCAGGGCCACACACAGCCCCUAUUUGGAACCCUGACUAUACCAGACCCUGGGAUUGGCUAUGGGAAAGCAUGCCUCUGCCACUCGCCUUCCUCCUCCCCACCUGCU